AGAGUCCCAUGGCAGUGAGCGACCCACUAGCUCUCGCGCACACACUCUCUCUCUCUCUCUCUCUCUCUUUCUCUCUCAUGAUCACUACUCCACUCGCUGCCGUCACGGUUCUCACGGCACCUUGAACUCUGGAAUUCCACUUCGAUCCGUUUUCUAUCAUCUCUUUCUAGUCUCUAUAGAAAAAACCCUAGAAAAUGGUAAACACUCUGUCUGGGAUUCGACUCCCUCAUGCGCCGUUCUUGUACAAGCCCUCCGCUGGAUCUACCUCUCUUAGCGAUCGAAACAAAACGCAUGUUUCCCUUUUGUUCAAGAAGCAUCCUUCUUCGCGGAUGAUAUCCGCAGUAAAGUCUUCAUACGAUUCGGACUCCCCUUCUUCUGUAGUUGCUGCAUCUGAGAAAGUCUUAGUUCCAGGUGUCCAUUGUGAUGGCUCUUCGUCCUCAACAGAUCAAUUUGAAGGGGUUGACACAGAUGCAGAAGAUUCCGAGAUAUUCCAAGAUGCAGAUAGUAUGAAGGUGGAAGAUGAUAGGGGCAUCAGUGACGAUAAUAUUGGUAAAGAAGCAACAAGUGGGUACAGUGAGUUAGAUGGUAAGAAAGAUUCUGUUGCUUCUCCUGCUACAACUGAAAAUGUCAAAGCUGACAAUGUGGAACCGUCUGUCCUUUCACCCAAUAUAAGCAAAAAAAAGGAUAUGGCUCGACAAAGGUCCAUUCCUCCACCCGGCACUGGGCAAAGGAUAUAUGAAAUAGAUCCACUUUUGAAAAGUCACCGUGACCAUCUUGAUUAUCGGUAUUCACAUUAUAGAAAAAUGCGUGAUUCUAUUGACGAGUAUGAAGGUGGUUUGGAAAUGUUUUCUCGUGGCUAUGAGAAGUUUGGUUUCAACCGCAGUGCCACAGGUGUUACCUAUAGGGAGUGGGCACCUGGAGCUAAGUCUGCUGCGUUGAUUGGAGAUUUCAACAAUUGGAAUCCUAAUGCAGACAUCAUGACUCGGGACAAUUUUGGUGUCUGGGAGAUCUUUUUGCCGAACAAUGCAGAUGGCUCUCCACCAAUCCCGCAUGGUUCUAGAGUGAAGAUCCGCAUGGAUACUCCAUCUGGUAUUAAAGAUUCAAUUCCUGCUUGGAUCAAGUUUUCAGUACAGGCUCCUGGGAAAAUUCCUUUUAAUGGAAUAUACUAUGAUCCACCCGAGGAGGAGAAAUACUCGUUUAAACAUCCUCGACCGAAGAAACCAAAGUCACUGAGGAUAUAUGAGUCACAUGUUGGAAUGAGUAGUACGGAACCAAUGAUAAAUACAUAUGCAAACUUUAGAGAUGAUGUUCUUCCUCGCAUCAAAAAGCUCGGUUAUAAUGCUGUUCAAAUCAUGGCUAUUCAAGAGCACUCUUACUACGCUAGUUUUGGGUACCAUGUGACUAAUUUCUUUGCACCUAGUAGCCGUUGUGGAACUCCUGACGAACUAAAGUCUAUGAUAGAUAGAGCUCAUGAGUUAGGUCUGGUUGUUCUAAUGGACAUUGUACACAGCCAUGCAUCAAAUAAUACGUUGGAUGGGCUGAACAUGCUUGAUGGAACUGAUAGUCACUACUUCCACUCUGGAUCACGAGGUUAUCACUGGAUGUGGGACUCGCGUCUUUUUAACUACGGACAUUGGGAAGUAAUAAGAUUUCUUCUGUCAAAUGCAAGAUGGUGGCUGGAGGAAUACAAGUUUGAUGGAUUCAGAUUUGAUGGUGUUACAUCAAUGAUGUAUACUCACCAUGGAUUGCAGGUAGCAUUUACAGGAAACUACAACGAGUAUUUUGGAUUUGCUACCGAUGUUGAUGCAGUGGUUUAUCUGAUGCUAGUUAAUGAUCUAAUUCAUGGUCUCUUUCGCGAAGCUAUCAGUAUUGGUGAAGAUGUUAGCGGGAUGCCAACAUUUUGUAUUUCUGUUCAAGAUGGUGGCGUGGGAUUCGAUUAUCGUUUGCAUAUGGCCAUAGCGGAUAAAUGGAUAGAGCUUCUCAAGAAAAGGGAUGAGGAUUGGAGAGUGGGUGAUAUUGUUCACACACUCACAAACAGAAGGUGGUCGGAGAAGUGUGUUUCUUAUGCAGAAAGUCAUGAUCAAGCUCUAGUUGGUGACAAGACAAUUGCGUUUUGGUUGAUGGACAAGGAUAUGUAUGACUUCAUGGCUUUGGAUAGACCAUCGACACCCUUGGUAGAUCGUGGAAUAGCAUUGCACAAAAUGAUUAGACUUAUUACAAUGGGAUUAGGUGGAGAAGGUUACCUGAAUUUCAUGGGAAAUGAAUUUGGACAUCCUGAGUGGAUAGAUUUUCCAAGAAGCGAUCAACAUCUUCCUGAUGGCAGAGUUGUCCCUGGAAAUGGUUUCAGUUACGAUAAAUGCCGGCGGAGAUUUGAUCUUGGGGAUGCUGAUUAUUUGCGAUAUCAUGGGAUGCAAGAAUUCGAUCGAGCAAUGCAACAUCUUGAAGAAGCCUGCAGUUUCAUGACGUCAGAGCACCAAUAUAUAUCACGGAAGGAUGAAGGAGAUAGAAUGAUUGUUUUUGAACGAGGGAACUUGGUGUUCGUCUUUAAUUUCCAUUGGAAUAACAGCUAUUUCGACUAUCGAAUAGGCUGCUUAAAGCCAGGAAAAUAUAAGAUAGUGUUGGAUUCAGAUGAUAAGUUGUUCGGAGGCUUCAAUAGACUUGAUCACAACGCAGAGUACUUUACCUCUGAAGGGUGGUAUGAUGACCGACCUUGUUCCUUCCUAGUAUAUGCUCCUUGUAGAACAGCAGUUGUCUAUGCUCUUGUGGAGAAUGACCCACAACCUGUCUUGAGGGCUCCAAUACAGCUUUGCUAAGCAACAGGUAUUUCGAUCCAGAAUACACGGUCAUCAUAGAAUUAUAUUUACCAUGAUCAACAGUCGGAGUGUAUCCCAGAUGGAACAACCAUUGCUAAAGAGACAAGUGGCAGGAGAUCUGCAAUUACAAAUCUGCCCUCAGCUUCAGAAGAGACGUCUUUUGUAGACGUGUAGCAGAGUAUCACAUAGCCUUGUCUUGUAAAUGUUUCUCUCGUCUAAAAUUAUAUUAUAGUAUGUGAAAAUGCAAUGUUAUAUUUGAGUCGUUACAAGUGUUGUUUUAGUUACAAGUGUUGUUUUAUCUAGUGGAAUUAGUGCUUAAAAUAGAUCUCUUGUAGCUCUGAGGAAUUUAUCAUUACAAUUUUUAUAUUACCCGUUGGUCUCAACAGGCUUGAUAAA